AUGCCCUUUGAUACUGAAGUCGGUGGAUUUGUUGGUCUUUCAACUGAGCCUCCAGCCAGGGAGGCACGACGGAGUAUGUCACAAAAUUUGUCCACCCUUCGGGGAUACGUCAGUGCUUCCCGGUCACCCUUGCGUUCUGAGGUAAUCAGUCUUCUGGUGAAACAUCGCCUGCUUCCCAUGAACAUUGCGAUGGCGGCUGGGGAAAGUGUGUUGGUGGAAUUCCGUCUUACUUCUCAACGCUACCAAUUAUGGCUAACUCGAGCUCAAAAAGUGGAUUUGGAACAAUUACUAUAUACCCUUCCUACUAAUCAGCGUAAGGCGGAGGUGCUCGUAGUGUACCAGCAGGAACAGGCUCGCUUCUUCACCGCACAUCCUCGACCCGCGCCUCCCGUGGCAACACAGCUCCGACUGCUUCGCCCGCCAGCGCCAUCAUCCCAACCCCAGCCAACACCACAACAACCCUCUUCCUCACAACAGACGGGUCAACCACCUAGGCAAUCACUUUCGACUGGUACAAUGUGUGUUCUUGCUCCCGUGCCUGCUAGUACUGCUAAUACUCCUUCUGAUCCGUCAAAGUCAACAUUACCUCUGAAGGUGCCUCUAUUCGGUGCGUCAUCGACGCUCGUUCGAGCUCCUGGGGUAGUUGCUCCUGCUUCAUCUUCUCCUGUCGUUUCUACCGCCAGUACUACACCCGGUAAUCUACCUCCAGUAAAUCAGCUGUCUGUGCUGCAAUCUCGCCGUCUUAACGCUGUUCGAACCCUUCUUCAUGCCGAUCAGAUUGCAGCAAUUUCUCGACCACCAGUCCUGGAGGCGCAUGACGAACGAUCGUUACCUACUCCAGAAGAACUUCUCAAUAUCUUGGCACCCUACCAUGUCCAUCAAGACAUGGAUAACACGCCGGAGGCCAUGGCUAAGGUGGAUGAUAUUCUUGAUAAAGCGUUUCAUCAACUAUUUACGAGGAAGCGGCAAACGGAAGAUGCUGUACAUUCCAUACUGUGUGCCGAAAAAUGGCAACUAAUGGACUGUCCUCAAGCUGAUCGCUUACCGCUCCUUCGAUUAGUAUUGGAAAGUGAUCGUGAGCGUCUUGCAGCUGAACGAGCCGCAUUCGAGAAACUGAAGGCUCGCUUGGAUGCUGAAGAAUGCCAUCCAGUACCAUCCAAACGCAUACGUCAAUUACUUGAAGAGGCAGCACCUGAUUUCAUCCCUCUGGAGUUUGAUGAAAAGGGUAACUCCCGACCAGCCAAUCUUCAGUUGGAUGAACAACGGUCGAAAUCCAAAAUGGAAGAAGUUGGAACUUUAUUUGAAGAGUCUCCCAGGUCUUUAGUGAAGUGCACUGCCUCUGUGGAAGAGGGCGCAUGGCCUGAGUGGGAAGAAGAGGAGGAAGAAGCGGUGGUAGCAGAGGAUGCAAUGGAUUUCCAACCUCCCAGUUCUCCCGGAGAUGAUAUAUCAAAUGUUGUUGUAGACGAGGAGGAAAUAGUGGUGAACAAUUUCGGUGGCCAUGAACCGAGGUCUCCUCUAAACAGCCUUCCUGUUGGUCUGCUUCCGCCCUCAGCUUCAAUGCCGGAGAUGUCGAGAUCCCGAAUCGAACCGGACGAUGGCGUGCCCUAUCAAAGGUUACAGCACUCGGAGGAUCCUACAAUUGAUGCUGCGAUUCGGAGCAUAAUUGAUCUGUAG